AUGCAUCGGUUUGACAAGCGGUACUCGAGCCCUCGUCCUCCUCCUCCUUCGCCCACUCAAGUCCCGUGGACGGCCGAGGGACGAUGCGGCGGCGGCGUUCGUGGUGAUCUCGUCUCCGGCGCCUCGGCCAGCCAUCUCGGCAACGGCAACGGCAACGGCGGCGGCGGCGGCGGCGGCUCCUACCCCACGGCGCGAAGAAUGAGCGUACAGCUUCAGCAACGGGACCCCCGGCGCUGCUGGCCUGGACACCAUGUUGCUGCUGGCGACUCCGUCUCUGGGCUGUCCGCAUCGCUGCGACAUGAUACUACCGGCGGCGGUCGAGGGGUCGUUGUCGAGGGCGGCUGGACCCCUUCGUCGUCUGCGGGACGACAGCACGUACCGGACGGGGUGGUGGUAGUGCCCCAGGCGAUGAGAGUGCUCGACCGUGGCGGCGACGAGGAUGGCUCGGGGUGUUAUUACCUGAGCAGGGGCAACGGGCAGGUUACGAGACUGAUCCCCGCGGACAUGCUGUUGCCGCCCCUCGGAGAGGUUCCAGCCAGGGAGAUGUAUCAUCCGGGCAUGGUCGUCCUCGGAGCGUUGCUGCCGCCGCCGCCGCCGCCGCCGGGAGGGAGUCGGCCGCAUACCGGGGUCGUUGCUGACGCUCACCAUGAGUUGGGUGCUAUCAAGAAGAAUUCCGAUCGCCACCACCACCACCACCACCUCGGCGGCGGCGGUCCGGUCGCGACGGGGUCAGCUAGCAACAACAGCAACGGCAGCAGUGGAGGUGGCAGUAGCAGCAGCUGCAGCAGCAAGACUGCCGCAACUGCUACUGCUACUGCUGCUACGACUAGCCGUCGCCACAAGGUAUACUGCGACAAGUGGAUCCACGAGGGCGUCUGCGCCUUCACGCAGCAGGGGUGCAAGUUCAAGCACGAGAUGCCCUUUGACGGGGAGACGCAGAGGUCGCUCGGCCUCUUCCAGGGCCUGCCCGGGUGGUACCGCAAGAGCCAGGACGAGGACGAGGCGACGCGCGGCGGCGGCGGAUCCAUGCUCCUGGGCCUGGGCAGCGGCGGCGACGAUAAUGAUGGACAGGUUGGGAGGCGACGACCGGCAGCGAGAGUAGCAACAGCAGUAGCGGCGACGGUGGGGGGCCAGGUGAGGCCCUCAGCGGCAAGGAGAGAUGCGGUGACGGCCCAGCACCACCAUCAUCCGCUGGGCGACUACGACAAGAUGCGUACGGUGCAGCCCAACGGCGCAGGUGGUGGUGAUGGUCCCCUCGUACCGUAUAAUUGGGGCCCGGUAGGCACGCCGGCGAGGAAGAGGCUCGCUGGCGGUCCUGGUGUGUGCAUCGGGGGGCAGCACAAGGCGACGACGACGACGAUGACGACGUAUAGAGGUGUCUCGACACAACCUGUGGCCGAGUUUUGCAGGUACGCGGGCGGGACGUAUCCGUGA